CUCAACACACACGCUCUGUCAAUAUCCACGUUGCAUGUGAGACCAGUGUAUUUCUUGUAAAAUGCCUUCUUCGGUGGACGCUAAAGCCCCCCUCGUCCCUCCUCUUCACUCUCUUAAAAACUCUUCAGGUUUUUCCAACUGAGCGAUUCAGGCUGAGGCGGGCGCAACCGCACUAGAGGGAAAGUGAAGUCGUGUUGGACUGGCGCGAUAUCCUCGCACGGUUCACAACUAAAAGAAGACCUGACGCGCGUUUAAUCAUGUUUCUAAACGAUGGAAUAUGCUGAUUUUGAAAGUUGACCAGGGAUUUCUAAUUGUGGGGUGUUUGCGAGGGAUGGCUUUCCUUUUAACUUGCUUAUUUCUGGCUUGUGCAAGCAGUGUUUGGGGAAAUAAGAACGGUGACACCAGUAUCUAUUUGGAUAACAUCACGCGCAUAUUGGAUAGAUUACUGGAUGGCUAUGACAACAGGCUGCGACCUGGAUUUGGAGGUCCAGUUACAGAGGUCAAAACUGACAUCUUUGUCACCAGCUUUGGACCUGUUUCAGAUGUUGAGAUGGAAUACACCAUGGACGUGUUCUUUCGUCAGACUUGGAUCGACGAGCGGCUAAAAUUCGAGGGCCCCAUCGAGAUCCUGCGGCUCAACAACCUGAUGGUCAGCAAUAUCUGGACACCCGACACCUUUUUCCGGAAUGGCAAGAGGUCGAUCUCGCACAACAUGACCACCCCCAACAAGCUGUUCCGCAUCAUGCAGAACGGAACUAUCCUCUACACCAUGAGAUUGACUAUAAACGCUGAGUGCCCCAUGCGUCUGAUGAACUUCCCGAUGGAUGGCCACGCCUGCCCACUCAAGUUUGGGAGUUAUGCCUACCCCAUCAGUGAGAUUGUGUAUACCUGGAAGAAAGGUCCCAUGUCUUCUGUUGAGGUGCCAAAGGAAUCAUCCAGUUUACUUCAGUACGACCUCAUUGGUCAAACAGUGUCAAGUGAGAGGCUAAAGUCCAAUACAGGUGAAUAUGUCAUCAUGACCGUCCACUUCCACCUACAGAGGAAAAUGGGCUUCUUCCUCAUCCAGACUUACAUUCCCUGCAUUAUGACUGUCAUCCUGGCCCAAGUCUCAUUCUGGAUUAAUAAGGAAUCCGUUCCAGCUCGGACUGUGUUUGGGAUCACCACUGUUUUGACCAUGACAACACUCAGUAUCAGCGCCCGCCACUCCCUCCCAAAAGUAUCCUAUGCCACAGCCAUGGAUUGGUUCAUCGCUGUUUGCUUUGCCUUUGUGUUCUCCGCCCUGAUUGAGUUUGCAGCGGUCAACUACUUCUCCACUCUUCAAGCUAACAGGGAGCUGAGAAAGGCGGCGGCCAUGAAGGCGGCGGCUCAGGAGGCAGCAGCUGCAGCUGCAGCAGCUCCGGCUGUAGCCACAGGGAACGAUACGGAGGUUUCAUCAGUGGAUGCCAGCAGUGUUCUGAAGAAGAGGAUGAACUCUGCCCCAAUAUUUGACCGCCCUGCAAAAACAUUUCCCAACCCACCCGUCAAUGCCCAAGCCUUCCUGCAGCAGGGUUCAGCUGUACCGGCCAACAACGUCCUGACUGGCACCAGCAUCAUAGACAAAUACUCCCGCAUCCUCUUUCCCCUUUCGUUUGGCGCCUUCAACCUGGUCUACUGGAUCGUCUAUCUCACCAAGGACACCAUGGAGAUGUCCAGGGACACCGUCUAAGCCAAGAGUUCGACUCAAGUGCACAGGAACACACAGAAACACAUAUAUAUAUAUAUAUAUAUAUAUAUAUACAUAUAUAUACUCAAUAAAUAGAUGACAAACGUUUGCCAAGCAUUCUUUUAUGCCGCCUCAGUGCAUUGUAUUUCUUUUUAACUCCCUCGGAAAGUGAGUGUGUUCAGAGCAGAUGAACCAGCUCCAAUUGCCAACUUGACCCGGGAGCUCACAGCCUGUGUGCCCCAGGUUCUGGAAACGUUUCAAACAGGUAUUAAAUCUCUCGCUGUUUCCCUCAUUUCUUUAUUUCUCUUCGCCAAUAUUUAAAAAAAAAAAAAGCCACACAUGAUGACACUUUUUCUGUAUCUGUCUCGAUUCCCUGCUCAAGUCUAUGGGGCAAGAUGUAGCUUGCUAGGCUAGCUAGGCUGCAGAGCCAGGGGGCAGAGCCACGACUUUGUUCUUCGUAGUUAUUUCUGUAUGUGUGCAACAUGCAUGCAUUUCCACACGAGAGUGAUUUUGCAUGAGUUGAAUAUAUCCCGUUCCCUAUAAUGAUACUUAGGACACACAAGGUGGGUGAGUGCUCUCUCUUUCCUGACUGGAUACAUUGUGACUGACUGACUAGCAGGAACUCUCUCACUUCCAGCCCUCCUCCUUCUUUCCACUCCUCAUUUUCUUCCCACAACACCCAUUUGCAACAGCCUUUUUUUUUUGGUUCAUUGGCUUAAUUUCCCUCCGCUGAUGGAGUACAGAAGAUGUGGAGCACAAUCUUUAAAGUGUUUUUAUGGUGUGUUCCAAAUAUGCAUUGCCCUGGUUGAAUAUUCACUUUGACAUGCAGAUUCAGACAGAAAAGAAAAAAUAUCAUGUCAGAUAUUUAAAACAAAAAGAACAUGCACACAUACUAGAAGCUUACAUUUAAAGUUUGUAAUGUUUUCCACAUUGACAGGGUUGCUUGCCCUAGAUUUUUUUU